CCGAGGGGAGCAGCCCUGCUCUUGCUGCUGGCAGUACGGUUCCUCCUUUGUAGCAGAAGGAGGAUCUGGCGAAGAGGCUCUUCGGGCCCCUGCGGCGGAGGCUGCACGAGUUCAUCGAGGUGGAGGGCGCGGGCGCGGAGCGGCUCUACCUGUGCGCCGCAGUGACUAAAGGUGAAGAAGUAGAAAUAUGUAUGGUUAAACACCUCAGAGUAGAUCGAGAGGAAAAAUAUGAAAUAGUUGAAAAGUGGUUUUUGAAAGACCUAGAAAUGAUUGAUGGAAAAGAAGCAGAUACUGAUAAUCCAUAUUUUGAUAUGCACUUCCACAAAGUCUACAGUAUGGAAGCAUACAGUUGUGCAUCUAAAUAUACCUUUGCUCGAACAUUAAACGAACUGAAUGAAAUGUAUCUUAAAAAGGACUUGAAGAUUGUGAACUUUGAUAACACCUACUUAAAUGAUGAUUCAUUCUGGUCAUCAAACAAUAGAGAUUGCUUAGUACUUAUGAGAAUAUGCUUUUAUGCUUCCAACCUUUUAUGUCUCUCCCUAUGUCCUCUGUCCUAAAGAUGGAUUUUAUAACAUUAAAGUGACUGUUUCACUUUUGCUGACUAGAAUUUCAUAAAUCAUAUGAUAAAAGAGAUAGUAAGCAAUAUGCAAUAUCUGCUUUUUAAUUUUACAUGUAAGUCCAAAAUGAAAUAUACUUUUUGUAUAAGCAAUUGAUCAUUAAUUUAUAUAUAUUAGAAGGGCCUAACUCUGACAAAUACCUACAAAUGUAGAAGACUUUCAACACAGGACCAAUAAUUCACCUAUUCAGUGGUGACUGCUCAUAUAAGUAGAGUUCAGCGCUUGAUCUUAUGUUUGUAGAGGCAUAAGUAAUUCUUCAUUAAUAGCCACAAAUAUUUAAAGAGCAUUAGUAGUUAAUUUAUGUCUUGGAGGUAGAAAAAAUAAAGCAAACAAAUGAGAUCUGUACAGGAAUGAUGCACAUUUCCAUUUUCAAACUCAUUGAAGUAGAGAACGCCCUUAAAGAGAUCAUGCCUACAUGAAUACAAGAACCAAAUCUUGGUCCUGCUGAAUCAGAGUUUUGCCUUCAGAUUCCAUGGCACCAACUUUUUACCUAUGCAUCUAUAAUUAUUUUUUCUCACAAUGUCUAGUAGUCCCUUUAGCCUAUCCAUUAUUUGUGAUGCCAUCUUAAAAACAUAAAAUGAAUGUUUUUAGGUAAAUAGCUUGCUUUAUUUGUCAGACUUCUUAGCACUUUUUUCUUUUAUAUUAUUAGUGUCUUCUUUGUUGCAAUUUAUUGUUCAUGUAUAUGAAUUGACCCAGGUAGAGAACGGAUAUUGUCUAUGCCUCUUCUCUGCCUCCAAACCAAUAACUAACAAAAUACUUCUGGAGAUCCUAUAUAAACUGUAGUUGGUGGCUAUUAGUUACAAUUACUUCAUAAGCAAGUGAUAAGCUUCUCAAAGUUCAUAGAAUUAGAAUUCUGAGGGUAAUUUCCACCUGAUGCUAGCUACGUAUUGGCUUAUUUAGUAUGCUACUUAAAUGUGUAUCAGUACUUACAGUUACAUUUAACAUGAGGUGGAUUCUGCUGAGUGCUUUGGAGGAUUUCACCCGUAACAAAAACAGUGACAGUAUUAUAUUAUGGUAGAAAUAGAGGACAAAUUAUAGCUGCAUUGUCUGGAAGCAGAAGAGGAACAAUGUUGACAAUAAGCAGCAUAGUGAUAUCUCAUCAGUCAGCUAAGCUAGCUGGCUGGUCUUCCUGUAGACAGUAGAGAAAGAAGGGGCUCACCAAAGCUGAUUCAGAGAAACGUAAAAUGAGUUUCUGGCCUGACCUUCCUGCCUGAGAAAACUUGCUCUCUCUUUUGGAAGUGAAGAGAGAAGAGGAGACUAGCUGUGGACCAGAACAGCUAAGUACCUCAAGUCGAUUGAUAAGUAGCUCCCAGGAAACCACAAGCUGGUUAAUGUCUUCUUCCAAUAUAUGUCACCUGUAAAAUGGAUAGUCAUGCAAGGAUACUGUGGCUCUUACUGCAUUGUCGCUUUUCACAUGGACUCCCACCUUUAAAAACAUUUAUAUAAAGGUACUAGGGAUUCAAAAUUGAAACAAAAACAAAUGAGAAUAUAUUUGAAAGAUUGUAUAAGAUGUACAGCUUUUUACUUUACUUUUUAAUGCUGUCCUGUUGCUAGUAUAUACAAAGGCCAUACAUUUGAUUAUCUAAUCUUUGAAGUUGCGUAUUUUAUUCUAGACAUAUGUUGUAAGUGAUGUUCCUUCUAACAUAACCUUAAUAAUUAUGUGUCCCUUGAUAGUUGUGAAAACAGUUUAUAUGAGUCAUGCAAAUCUUCCGGAAUUUGUAAGGACUUGUGUCAUACAUUUACCACCUAAAUAUUGUAAGAGAGGAGGACUGUAUUUCCAAACAUUGUUUAUGAAAUUUGGUUGUUAUUUUCAGAAUGUCUUUGGGAUAAUCCAGUUCGAGUAUGUAUAUUGUAAUGUGUGAUCCAUACCUACAAGAACUAUUUGCCCAACAUCCAGCUUGCAUAAAGCCAUUUCUAAUAGCAAGUAGUGCAGACUACUGUUAUGUGUGACACAUUGUCUCAUUUGGACUGUGAAUUAUUGUAUUGUAUUAGAUAAAAAAUAUGGAACAUCUAAUAAUAAACACUCCAUUAGCAAUCCUUUGAAAUAUGUGUACGGGUAGUGAAUUCCUGACCAGUAGUUGUUUGUAUUGUGUUAGAAACUGAUUAGAGAAAACUCUAGCUAAAAAUGACUAUAAUGUUCAAAUAUAUUCAGUUGACUUGCACAAGUAGCUUUCUAUUCUUCCACUGUAUAAACAUUAAACUGAUUAUAUUGGAAUACAA